AUGCUGUGGCUGCUCGGGUCCGCAGUGAAAAAGGAGUCGAAGGCUCUGUCGCUGGCGACGGUGCGGAAGGCGUCGAUGGCGCUGACGAAGUUCGCUGCGCGCGCGGGCGACGCCAGCAUGCAGCAGAUGCAUGACGCGGUCUACGGCAUCAGGCGGCUGCUAGAGAGGGCAGAGAUCCAGGACAGACGGGGCUUCAUUUGGCAGGAGAACCAGGAGGACGCCGCAGCUGCGCUGGGGCGGGUCGCUGAGGUGUGUGCUGAACGGGCGGGUGAGACUUCGCUGAUGAUCGUCGAGGCUGCGCUCCGGCUGGUGACCAGGGUGCUGGAGAAGGGCGGCGAGGAGCUGCGGCUCAGCGCACAGCUGCAGAGUGCUUUCGGUGACCUGCUGGCGCACCUUGUCGAGCACGAGCAAGCGGGCGCGGAGCAGUACGUGGCGGCGAUCUGGGCUGCCGGCACGGCCAGUGCAGCGGGCGCUACUCUACCUCCGGGCACAACAGAGACCGUGAAAAGGCUUGUGCAGAACAUCAGGAACACGAUCGGCACGUUCACGGACAGGAACGUCUCGGAGACGGUGAUGGGCAUCGGGAAGGUGUUUCGGUUCGCGGAGAUUGACGAAGACACCGCCAGGGCCGUACGCGACAUCACCGGCUGUCUGAAAGACACACAGUUUCGACGUCACAAGCAAUACGGAAUUUCCGUGUCCGGGAACGUUGUGGACUACCUCGAUCCCGGGAUCCUCUCACAGGCCAUCUGGUCCAUCGGCCGCAUCGCCUCGACGCAAGAGGACGCUGCGGCCGCGCUGUGGUGGGAGCACGGACCAACACCGGAGAUGGUGUUUGACCUGUUCGAGGCUCUCGGGGAGCGGCGGAUGGACUUGGAGGCGCCGAAGCCCAUCGUCGAUGCCGUUUGGGCGAUCGGCAUCAUCGCAGAGUGCGGGCUCGCAUACGCCCCGAACGGCGACGGCUGGGUGCCGCCUCACAGGGUGGUGCGGGCUCUGAGGAACCUUCUGGACCGCUUCCUGGCCUUGGUCGCCCAGGCCAGAGAGAGUCAGCCGGCGUCAAGCGGUAGCAUCCUGCUGGACGGCAUCGCGAUGUUCUGCUCCACUGGUGCGUGGACACUGGGGAAGGACGACUGCGCGGCGGUGUGCGGGGUCUUCAAGCUCUUGUCUCGGGAUGCGGUGAGAGGCGGAGGGCCAAAGGAGUGGCAGAUAACGCUGAGAUCCGCAGGACGUCUGUGGGAAGAUGCUGGGCACGCCUUCCAGCAAGCAUCGAGCGGCAAGCUUCCCGACUGCGCUGACCUUGCGACGCAUGUGCAUGACAUUGCGCAGCGCCUCCUGGCCUCGAUCGAUGUUGCGGACGUCGGCGAAAGAUGGGGCCAGCUACAUAGAACUUUCGUGAACAGCCGUGGGCUGCAUCCGGAGGUCCUGGCUCAAGCUUUCGGGGAACCCAUCAGGGAGACUGUCGAGGAGUGCAUCCGAAAGAUCAAAAUCCGAUCCCUUGGCGGGAACGUGCCCCCUCACUGA